GCCGCUGAAUGGGCGCGCGGCUGCGGGCUCCGGCCCCCAGCGCCCGGCCCCGCUCGGCUCCCGCCCCGCCCGGGCCUCCGCCGGCGCCGCCAUCCACCGCUCCGCCUGUGAAUGAAAGGCAGGCGGCGCCGGGGGCUGCUGGCAGGCGACGCGGCGUAGACGCGGCCUCCUGGCGGAGAUGUACGGUGUGUGCGGCUGCUGCGGCGCCCUCCGCCCCAGGUACAAGCGGCUGGUGGACAACAUCUUCCCCGAAGACCCCGAGGAUGGCCUGGUGAAGACCAACAUGGAGAAACUGACCUUCUACGCCCUGUCAGCACCAGAGAAGCUGGAUCGCAUCGGCGCCUACCUCUCAGAGAGACUCAUCCGGGACGUGGGGCGCCAUCGAUACGGGUAUGUGUGCAUUGCCAUGGAGGCACUGGACCAGCUGCUCAUGGCCUGCCACUGCCAGAGCAUCAACCUCUUCGUGGAGAGCUUCCUCAAGAUGGUGGCCAAGCUGCUGGAGUCGGAGAAGCCCAACCUGCAGAUCCUGGGCACCAACUCGUUUGUGAAGUUCGCCAACAUCGAGGAGGACACGCCAUCCUACCACCGCAGCUACGACUUCUUCGUGUCCCGCUUCAGCGAGAUGUGCCACUCCAGCCACGACGACCUGGAAAUCAAGACAAAGAUCCGAAUGUCAGGGAUCAAAGGGCUCCAGGGGGUGGUGAGGAAGACGGUGAAUGACGAGCUGCAGGCCAACAUCUGGGAGCCCCAGCACAUGGACAAGAUCGUGCCCUCCCUGCUCUUCAACCUGCAGCACGUGGAGGAGGCCGAGAGCCGGUCCCCCUCACCCCUGCAAGCGCCCGAGAAGGAGAAGGAGAACCCAGCCGAGCUGGCCGAGAGGUGUCUUCGGGAACUGCUGGGCCGGGCUGCCUUCGGCAACAUCAAGAACGCCAUCAAGCCGGUCCUCAUUCACCUGGAUAAUCACUCUCUCUGGGAACCCAAGGUGUUCGCCAUCCGCUGCUUUAAAAUCAUCAUGUACUCGAUUCAGCCGCAGCACUCGCACCUGGUUAUCCAGCAGCUCCUGAGUCACCUGGACGCCAACAGCCGCAGCGCGGCCUCGGUGCGGGCGGGCAUCGUGGAGGUCCUGUCCGAGGCUGCGGUCAUCGCAGCCACAGGCUCUGUCGGGCCCACCGUGCUGGAGAUGUUCAACACUCUGCUGAGGCAGCUGCGGCUCAGCAUCGACUACGCCCUGACCGGGAGCUACGACGGGGCCCUCAGCCUGGGCAUCAGGAUCAUCAAGGAGCAUGAAGAACGCAUGUUCCAGGAGGCAGUCAUCAAGACCAUAGGCUCCUUUGCCAGCACCUUGCCCACUUACCAGCGCUCGGAGGUGAUCCUGUUCAUCAUGAGCAAGGUGCCCCUGCCUUCGCUGCACCACCCCGUGGAGCCCGGGAGGACAGGGGAGAACAGGAACCGGCUGACGCAGAUCAUGCUGCUGAAAUCCCUCCUCCAGGUAUCCACAGGCUUCCAGUGCAGCAACAUGAUGUCAGCACUGCCCAGCAACUUCCUGGACCGCCUCCUGUCCACCGCCCUCAUGGAGGACGCAGAGAUCCGUCUCUUUGUUCUAGAGAUUCUCAUCAGUUUCAUCGAUCGCCAUGGCAACCGCCACAAGUUCUCCACCAUCAGUACCCUCAGUGACAUCUCUGUCCUGAAGCUGAAAGUGGACAAGUGCUCCCGGCAGGACACCGUCUUCAUGAAGAAGCACUCCCAGCAGCUCUACAGACACAUCUACCUGAGCUGUAAGGAGGAGUCGAACAUCCAGAAGCAUUACGAGGCUCUCUACGGCCUGCUGGCGCUCAUCAGCAUCGAGCUGGCCAAUGAGGAGGUGGUGGUCGAUCUCAUCCGCCUGGUGCUGGCCGUUCAGGAUGUGGCCCAGGUCAAUGAGGAGAACUUGCCCGUGUACAACCGCUGUGCCCUCUACGCCCUGGGCGCGGCCUACCUGAACCUCAUCAGUCAGCUGACCACGGUGCCCGCCUUCUGCCAGCACGUCCACGAGGUGAUAGAGACCAGGAAGAAAGAGGCUCCGUACAUGCUCCCUGAGGACGUGUUUGUGGAGAGGCCCAGGCUGUCCCAGAAUCUUGAGGAAGUGCUGAUCGAGUUCCUCUUCCGCCAGAGCAAAAUCAGCGAAGUGCUGGGAGGCAGCGGCUACAACUCAGACAGGCUGUCCCUGCCCUAUGUCCCGCAGCUGACAGAUGAGGAUCGUUUAUCCAAGCGGAAAAGCAUCGGGGAAACCAUCUCCCUGCAAGUGGAGGUGGAGUCGAGGAACAGCCCCGAGAAGGAGGAGCGCGUGCCAGCUGAGGAGAUUACCUACGAGACGCUGAAGAAGGCCAUCGUGGACAGCGUGGCAGUGGAGGAACAGGAGCGUGAGCGGCGGCGGCAGGUGGUGGAGAAGUUCCAGAAGGCUCCAUUUGAGGAGAUUGCGGCCCACUGUGGGGCCCGGGCGUCACUGCUGCAGAGCAAACUCAACCAGAUCUUUGAAAUCACCAUCCGGCCCCCUCCGAGCCCUUCAGGAACCAUCACCGCCGCCUAUGGCCAGCCUCAGAACCACUCCAUCCCCGUGUAUGAGAUGAAGUUCCCUGAUCUCUGUGUGUACUGAAUUCCGGGAGACCAGCACCUCUCAGGGGCUCGCCACCCAAAUGCCAUGGAACCCCGACUGUCGUCUUGGAACAUAAGUACACAGGGCGUCACACCUCCCGGGCUGGACCAGAAGCACUCUGCACCCUCCUGCUGCUUUCCUGUCACCCUCGAGAGAUAUCGGCCACUUACCCCUGGGGCCCAGCAAGCAUCUCACCUGCACCUCUGUCUCCUCCCUUAUGUCAGCAGGGACCGAGAAUCGCGGGGAUCUCGGAGAGAGACUGAGGUGCCUGCUUGCUGUGGCGAGUCACCCUCUUUCCUGGGGUGACCUGGCGGGGGCGGGCAGAGCUGCUCUUGGCCCAGGAGGGGACGAGGUAGAGACACCGUGGGACAGAGGAGACGACCUUGGAAGAACUGCAAGAAAGAUGGCUGCUCCCUACCCAGAGCCCUCCUCCUUCCCCCCUCUAGGGCCAGAGGUCCCCACGUCUUUGGGGUCUUUGCCCUUUUCAGCCCCUCCUGCCAGGACUCUCUUUGUGCUUCCUUCAGUCACUUGUUAGUGCUGAGCCUGUAGGAGGGGACGUGGUAGCAGUGGCCGGGAGAGACUGCAGGGGCAGAGAGGGUGAAGUGGAGGGGCGGGGUGGCUGUGAGGACCUGCGAGCGACAGGCUGAAGGUGACCGUGGCCUUUGCUCCACUCCUGUGUGUCUCUCCUGGAAUUUUGUCCGAGUUGCAUUCUUUCUCCUGGAUGUCUUUCUUCCUGAGGAUCCCAAAGUGUUUCUACAGCCCCUGCGUCCAGGGAAGGCAGCACGGGAGGAGGAAGUGCAGGGGUGGCUCAGCAGCUGGGGCAGGAGUCACCGACUCCCAGGUGACACCUUUUAGACUCCAGCUCCUCCCCUGCGGCCUCUUCCUCGCUCUUGGAUAUCUAGUGGGCUUUCUGGUUUGGUUUGUUUUGAUUUGGUUGGCGGGCCACAUCAACAGAGUUGGGAAUGGGGAGCCACUUCCGGUGAUGUCAGGGAACCAUGUGGGGUGCCUGGGCUCGAACCUGGACCUGCCACAGACAGAGCAUGUUCUGGAGCACUGAGCCAUCUCGCUGCCCCUUUAGUCCCGCGCCCUUUGGUCAUUCUGGACCGGGAGAAAGGCAGGACAGAGCCAUCGUUGCAGGCGCUCCCCCCACCCCACCCGGAGGGCUGUGACUGUGUUGUGCACUGGGGGGCAGGACAGGAGCAGAGAAGGUGCUUCUGCUCCCUUCCCUAUCUCCCCAGGGGGCCUUUGUGCCUCUAAGGGAUUCCAGGCCCCAGACUGAAAAUAGCCCUUUUCUUCUCUUACAGCCAAGCUUCUCACAGCUUCCCUGGGCUGAUACAAUUCCCCUAAGAUGUGAACAGUCAAAUGAUACCGCUCUAGAGAAUUUCCCCUUGAAAACCUGAUUUGCUUGACCAAAGGAAUUUUGGGAAUACCGUCCCUGGGCUAUGUGGUGUGGGGUCAGGAUCGGCUGUUGCUGCUAAGAGUGCAGGCUUCCCCGACCCCCUUGAGUCACUCCCCCGCCUCCCCCCUUGUAUGUGUUCUAACUGCCCAGGGACAUGUCACCCAGUGGAUUGAUGGGACAGGUUUUGCAGCCCUGGAGAACUGUGAUGAGGGAAUUUCCCAGCACUGGCACGGAUAGGAGAGGUGCUCACUGGACCUCCUUGAGGCUCCCGGCCGGUCUUUGCCUGGGGGGACCCUGGCUCGCAGGAAGCCUGUGUGAUGCCUUAGAGGCAGUUUGUCCCCACCUCCCAUGGCUUUUGGCUUCUCCUCAAUCCAAACUCUCAAGCAUGAACUUACAUUUCUCAUGUCACUCUCUCUUUAACAAGCCAUGGUUAAAAAUAGGGACUGGAGAGGUAGCACAGCAGGUAGGAGUGUGUGCCUUGAACGUGACCACCCUGGGUUUGAUCCUCAGCAUCCUAUAUGGUCCCCCAAACUCCGCCAGGAGUAAUUCCUUAGUGCAGAGACAGAAAUAACCCUGAGCACUGCUGGGUGUGGCCCCAAAGCCAAUAAGCAAAUAAAUAAAAGUUAAUAACUUGAAACCAACGUGAAGGCAAAUGGCCUUUGGAAGAAACUUCAAAGACAAUCUAAAUCUCAGAUUCUAGUUUCAUCCCUUCUCACCAGAUCCUUCCCCUUGCUCUCCUGCCGGCUCCCACAGAAACCAUGUUUUAUUCUGACACCCCCUGGGCAGCAGGACCCUCCCCCAUAGCCACUUGCUGCCUUUCAGGGCCCUGGGACAGGUGGCGGUGGGGAAUGGUCUUGGCACCACUUGCUAGAGGCAGCACUAGAACCCUCACAUCCAUUUCACCGUGGCCCUGGUCCCCACCCCGGGGAAAAUAAUGACAAAAAUGUGUGACUCCCCCUUUGUCGUACACUUAAGCUCUUUCCUCUGGUUCUGUCUGAUGCCUCUUUCCUCUGGUUCCGUCUGAUGCCGCAGCCUCUCCCAUCGCUGGGCUGCCUUGGGAGGACUGGCCAGUCAUUGUCCUGGGUGCCUUCGUCUCAGUUUCCCUUUAGGCUUAUAAUUCCAGGGCAUCAGCCCAGCGGACGUGGAGUAGGACCAGGAUUCUGGCCAAACACACUUGGGCAAGUUUCGAAAGCCUCAGCAAGUGUAAGGGGAGUGUUUCCGUGGCCAGAAAGUACGAUGCGGCCUAAGCAAUCUCCUCCCCAGGAGAGGCUGAGAUUGUGGGUGUCCAGGCCUCAGCCCAGGAGAACAUUUCCUGUCUCCAAGCCCCCCAGGGCCUGGCAGUGCCCAUGACCUUUUCGUCCCCUUCUCUGUGACCUUGGGGUAUCAAGGCCCUCUAAGUCAGCUUGUCCCCAGGCCCCCGGGGCAGCCCUGUAUGCACAAGGAAAGGCUGGAGAGAGGGUUGCACGCCGUCUGGGAGAGUUGCAGUUCGGGUUGGCUCAGCUGCUCGAGUCAUGGACAGGCAAAAGGUCCACAAGAAACGCCGCAUGGCCCCAGACACCCCUUCUCUUCUGGCUGUGGAGUCCCCACUGCCCUAUGCCUGUCCCCUGACCCUUUCUGAAAAGGAGAAAUACGUGAUUUCUCGAAAUAAGUGACUUCUGAUUCCUCACCAGAAGUACAACCCACACCGGUAGAAGAAGAAUUAGAAAAGCCUGUGUCAUGCCUCCGCCUCAGACUCUCAAGGGUCUGAGCAACAGGGAGAGUGCUCCUGGGGCAUCUGCAGCACGGGGAGAAGUCUGAAGGGGUCGGGGCUGCUGUUUUUCCCCUAAACUGGCCUAAGAGCCAGAUCGGCCCUGCAGGGCCUCCCCUGGCUGCAGGCCAGGCCUCGAGGCUUUUCUGGGCCCCCAGAGGAACCUUCCAGUUGCUAUUCCCCGUCCCCAUGUCUGCCUGGAGCCUCGGGAGCAGCUCUAAGAAGUGAGGCCCCUUCGCCUGGUCACCCUUGGAGGCCAAGCCUGAGCUGCUGGUCUGAGUGGCUUGUCAACGCAGACCUCCCCUGCCUCUCUGGACCCUGCAGGGAGUUGCCGAAACAAGACGUCUCCCUGCCAUCACGCGGGGACACAUAUGGACAGUGCGAGCCCUUUCAUCCCAGGAACCCGAGAAUCUCAUAAACAUUCCCCUUAUCCCAAACCCUCCCAAGGCCUAAUGGCUGAAGGGUGGCCACGGUGGGGUGUGGGCAGCUGGAAGUGGGAGGCUCUGGGGCUGGAAGGCCCCGUGCCAGGCCUCCACUGACCUAAGAACCAGAUCAGCCCUGCCGGACCUUCCCUGGCUGCGGGCCGGGCCUCUGGGUUUCUCCGGGCCCCCCACCCAGAGAAACCUUCCAGUUGUCGAUGACCAGGUCUUCUCUCGUUCAGGGCCCUGAGCCACCUUCCCUCUUGGAGCGCCUCCCCCGUAACUUGAUUCAGGCCACACAGGAAUCAAGUUGCAAAUUUCAAACACUGGAAUGUUUCUGCAUCCCUUGGGCCUUUGCCACCGGGGCAAGAGUAUGUGUGCCCUGGUGGGCACGUAGUUCCUCGUGACGUAGCCAAUAGAUGAUGUAUUUAUACUUGAGUGCAGAAUUAGUGCCUGGGGCAGUUUUCUGGAUUUGAACUUAUUGACUCAAAAUUAGUCAUUUUAAAGAAGGGGGGAAGGGGCGGGGG